GUUAGAUUACUGUAACGUCCUAAUGUGCGCGAAGUGAGCGACGGACUCUAUGGUGAGGAUAUUCGUCUCGCUGAUAAUGAAAUCUUAAGCGGUAUGAAUAUCUUUUUAUCUUGAGUUAAGAUGAAUCCAUCCUUCUGCAAUUUCACCGGACAGCGUCACACACUUUAAGCUUGGUGUGCACUUUCAUGAGUUCUAGGCGCUCUCUUCAUGAUGGAGUUGCUCGAGUUGUCCGACGUCCAACAGAUGUUCAACGACUCAGGUUUUCAGAGGAAUUUAAGUGAGCUAACGUUAGAUGAUGUAGAUGAACCGCUACCUAGGAGCGCAAAGAUCACCGUCGUUGUGGUCUACUUGAUAGUGUGCGUGGUGGGGCUCGUGGGGAACUGUCUGGUCAUGUUUGUAAUUAUCAGGUACACAAAGAUGAAAACGGCCACCAACAUUUACAUCUUUAACCUGGCCUUGGCUGAUGCACUAGUCCUGGCCACUCUUCCUUUCCAAGGCACUGAUGUCAUCCUUGGUUUCUGGCCCUUUGGUUUGGCUCUAUGCAAGGCUGUGGUGGCCAUUGACUAUUACAACAUGUUCACAAGUGUCUUCACCCUGACCAUAAUGAGUGUGGAUCGCUACAUAGCCGUCUGCCACCCUGUGCGCUCCCUGACAGUUCGCACCCCGCUCCGGGCCAAGCUGAUCAACGUGGCUGUGUGGGUGCUGGCGUCAGCCGUAGGACUGCCUGUUAUGAUCAUGGGUCAGGUGGAGGAGGAUGUUUACGGCGCUGAGUGCAUGCUGAACCUGCCUAAACCAAAAGAACACUGGGGGCCUGUGUUUGUGAUUUGCGUGUUCCUCUUCUCUUUCCUGAUUCCUGUGGUGAUCAUAAGCGUCUGCUACGGGUUGAUGGUACGACGUCUGCGCAGUGUCCGUCUCCUGUCCGGAUCAAGAGAGAAAGACCGGAAUCUGAGGAGAAUCACCUAUAUGGUACUGUCUGUGGUAGCUGCUUUUGUGUUGUGCUGGAUGCCGGUGCAGGUCUUAGCUUUGAUCCAGGCCUUGGGUCAUGUGGAUCUUGGGGCCAGUCAAUCCUCAGUUGCAGCCUUGCAUUUUUGCAUUGCUCUGGGCUACGCUAACAGUUGCUUAAACCCUGUCCUCUAUGCCUUCCUGGAUGAAAACUUCAAGCGGUGCUUCCGCGAGUUCUGUAUCCCGGCCAACUCCAGUUUGUUCUUGGAAGACCAGAACAAGAGGUCACUGAGGCAGGAGAGAGAAUUUGCUGAGGAGGAAGAAAAAGAGGUGGUUAUUGAUGAAGGUGCCAUUCCAGUAUGUGUGGAUUAGAGAUUUUCUAUUUGGCCGUAUUCUUGCAUGGUAACCUUGGCAUUCACAAAGAAAGUUAGAAUUGAGUAAGAUUGUGGGAACAUUGAGGCUUUUGUCUGGUUUACAUUUUUGCUUAUUUUGUCUUUAGCUGGCAGAUGAUUUGUGGCGAUUCAGAAUUGGAAGUAUGGAUUGUUUCACAUGGGACAAAAGGGCUUUUUCCCCUCCUUUUUGAGUUUUAUAGUGUAUAAUAUUUACAUGGUUUAUUGUAGCCCUUAUAUAAUUAAAUAACUAAUUAUAUAGUAUUUAUAUUAAUAAUUUAUUCUAAAUUAUUAUAUUACAAUAUAGUUGGUAUUUUGUUUUGUAAAUGUACUGCUUUUGUUAUGAAACUGGUUUAUUGGAUUUUGUUGAUUUAUUUUUUUAACAGCUUGUAAUGUUUGAGUAAAGUACAUAUAUAACAACUUAUAUAUACUAGUACUACAAUUCAGAAGUCUUAGGUCAGAAAUAUUCUUUUAAAGAAAUUAAUACUUUUAUUCAGCAAGGAUGGAAUAAAUUGACCAAAGGAGACAGUAAAGACACAUUGUUACAAAGAAUAUGAAUAUAUCAAAUAAAUGCUAUUCUUUUGAACUUUCUCUUCAUCAAUAAAAAAUUUAUAUUUUUCACAAACAUUAAGCACAACUGUUUUCAACAUUAACAACAAGUGUUCAGGAAAAAAAUCACCUUUUCCAUCACAUGAAAACAAUUACAUUUGUUUUGAUAUAUUGACUAAGAAAUCAAGAUGAGAUUAAACAAAGGCAUUUACCAAAAAAAAAGAAAGAAAGAAAGAAAGGGAUUAUAAAUGCUUUGUCCUAAACAUACUAGUAUAUUACAAUACAAUACAAGUAAAAUAGUAUUAAAUUAAAAUAUAUACAUACUACACAUACUCAUACAGUGUUACUGCACUGUUUUUAAUAAAAUAAAUGCAGCCUUGGUAAGCAUAAGAGACAUCUUUCAGAAACAUUAAAAAAUCUGACAGACCCCACGCUUUUGAAUAGUAGUGUAUAUAACAGAUAAUUAAAGGGUUAGUUCACCCAAAAAUGAAAUUUCAGUGAGAUCAUUGCCAGCAAGAUAAUUAACACUUUCAAACACCCAAAAAGGUACUAAAGACAUAUUUAAAACAGUUCAUGUGA